CAUUGUAAAAGCGUGCAGUCUACCUAUAAAUCCUCUAAAUUACUGUAGUUAAUAGCCGGACAUGUCGUUAUAUCACACGUAACUUCCACACCGCGUAAUAAAAAGAAACAUUGCUAUGACCUUAAACUAAAUCCAGGACACUAUCUGAUUGUUGAAUCAAGUAUUUUCCGGUAAUGCUCUAUUGUUCCCCUUUCAUAAUAAGUGUACACUUAGUCCGCUCUGCGUACACUGUAUUCGGAGUAUUCUGGAUGCAGCAACAUCGACCAGUGUCAGUUUUCACAUGGAGAAUACGGGAAUAUAUAUUACACUUAAAUAACAGGAAAGCAUACCCACGGCCGGGAAAUGAUUGGCGCAAAAACCAGGUCAAAAAGUAAGUCAUUGGAUAAAAUGGACAUCGAAUCAAAAGAGAAUGGCGUCAUAUCCAAUGGUUUUCAUGGUUACAAAGAAGGCUAUAAAACGCUCGAAAAUUCAGAGAUGAAUAGACGCUUGACAAAUUUGUUCAACAAGCUCAUCCUCCCAUUGGCGCUUGUUGGUCUUACCCCUCAGAUAGUAAUGCUGUAUUGGUAUACGAACGUCAAGUUUGCCGGAAGUUACUCAACUUUGAUCGCACACUUCCGUAGCGACUCCGUUCUUGGAACAAUUGUCGCAAUGUGGAAUGAACUUAGCAUUUUUAACACGUUUACUGUGGGAGUAAUCUUUGGCUACUUCGCUUGGGCACUGUUUUGGAUGGUCGUUCUACCGGGAAAAGAAGUUCAAGGACCUGUGACACCAAAGGGAAACGUUCCGCAGUACAAAGAUAACGGCUUCCUGCAUUACUGCGUCACAAUGGCUGGGUUCGCUAUCCUAACCAUUGUGCUGAAGUACAACGGCUUGACCCCCACGGUCGUGUAUGACCGCUUUGGUGAGUUGCUGGGGUUUAUGAACGUGUUCGCUCUUUGCUUUGUCUUCCUCCUGUACAUCAAAGGGAUAACCCGCCCAUCCACAUCGGACAGUGGGAAGACAGGAGGUGGCUUCGUCUUCGACUACUACUGGGGCACGGAGUUGUAUCCUCGUAUUUGCGGAAUAGACGUCAAAGUGUUCACUAACUGUCGAUUUGGAAUGACCGUCUGGCCACUGUUGGUCUGUAUAUACGCACUGAAGAGUUACGAGAUUCACGGUUUCGUAGACAGCAUGUUCGUCACUACGAUUCUUCAGCUGACAUAUAUUACCAAGUUCUUCGCAUGGGAAGCCGGAUACAUGCACACUAUUGACAUUAUCCUUGACAGAGCCGGCUACUAUAUAUGCUGGGGCUGUCUGUGCUGGCUGCCGUCCCUGUAUCCAAUCGUCAGUCACUACCUCGUCACGCACCCACUCCGUCUCGGCACUCCACUUGCCACUAGCAUAUUGAUCUUUGGGUUGUUUUCUGUUCUGAUCAAUUACCUCGCCGAUCUACAGCGUCAGGAUGUUCGCAAGGCAAACGGAGAUUGCCUAGUCUGGGGUCGGAAACCAGAUCUUAUACGUGCAAAGUACAGGAUCGAGUGUGGCGAAGAAAGGGAGAGCAUCCUGCUGGCUUCCGGUUGGUGGGGACUGUCCCGCCAUUUUCACUACAUUCCGGAAAUCCUUCUGUCGUUUUUCUGGACGGUGACAACCGGAUUUGAGAAUGUUCUUCCUUACACGUACGUUAUUGUUCUCGUUAUUCUGCUCACUCACCGCAGUUUCAGGGACGAACAUAAGUGUAGCAUGAAGUACGGAGUUUACUGGCAAGAAUACUGUACCAAAGUCAGACACCGAAUCAUACCGUUUUUGUUUUAACAGCUUCGAUACUCGUGUUUGGUUUCUUUUCAGUUAUAUAUUAAAACAGAAACAAUUUAAAUACUUAAACAGCAGAAUAAUGAAUACUACCCACUUGGUUUAAGUUAAGCUCACUAACAGCAUGUUAUUGUGAUAUUUUAAGCAAAGUUUUCACUCUUGAAUCUAGUUUUUUUUUCAUACUUGACAAGUAAACUUUGCUAAUAAAGUUGUCUUUGCUCGGUUAUUUCACGAGAUGAUGACGACAUAACAAAAAGUUGGAUAUUCGUGUAUUUGUUUAGCACAAUUUAAGUACGAAACAUAUGUAUUUUAUAAAGGUACAAAAUAUGUUCACGUAUCUGUUUAAUUGUGGAAAAGCUAUAUUUAGCCAUGUCAAAAUUUUUUUUAUCAAGACUAGGACUUGUUCUGUUUAGUAUCUACGCUGUUUUCGUUGCCAUAUUUUACAGUUAUAUUGUUCUCUGAAUAUUUUGCACAUAUACACAUUUUAACAUGAAUAAUCUGCAUGGCAGUUUUUAAUUAGAUUUUUUAACAAAAUCUUACAUUAUAUCUGAUGACAAAUUCGGGGACAUGAUAUAGUAUACGUAGAUAGUAAAAAUGAAAUACUACAGUACAGGUAAAAG